UCGCCAAGCACCCCGGCCUGGCCGAUAAGCGCUCAGCCCUUCUACAGCUUGGAAGCUUGAAACUUGAAACUUGAAAGCCGGGGUACCCGAUCGAACCGACGUCUGAACACUAUUUGAACAACUACAGUAUGUUCUGGGUUACUCAACUUCAAUGGCAUCUCCUACACAGCGACAGAGCUCUCCUUCUCAUGAUCAAGUGAAGCUUCCUGGGUUCGGUUUACCUGUCAAUACCCUUCCAAAUCGGCUUUUCGAGGACCAAAUACCAGGGCGUUAUUGGGAUUUUGGAACACGGGACUAUGGAAAGCGGUUAUGUUUUCCGAACGCAGUAGCAACCUGGGGUGCCUCACAUUUUACUCUGAGGGAGCGGAACAUGCUUGCCGUCAUGAAUGAAUUGACAGACAAGCCAGAGUGGGAUAAGAAGGUAUUUAACGACGAAAUUGUGGGCAAGUGGAAGGCGGAGGCGUUGGGUAAAGAAGGCGUGGAUUUUUCAGUGAAGAUGUUUGAUUACUGUAUCCAGGAAUUACGCGACAAAGCCAGCUUUUUUUCCAAGACUGGCCGUGUUUCUAUCUUAGACACUGAAGCAGCCAUCGUGAAAUCCGAUUCUGCAAUCCCACCAUCUCUUCAGGCAGCCUUGAAGGCUGCUGUGCAACCUCUCGAGAACGUUCCAGACAGACAGAAGGAUUGGCAUCCAGGAUCCAACGAGAAAGUUCUGGAUCUUGUUCAUCCGUCACUCUACCCACUCAUGUACGGUAAAUCUCUCGUGCUGCCCCAUGGACGUGUAAACCUCCAGGAUUGCAUUCAAAGCUGUGGACAAGGGGUUGUCGUCCCUAAACCAGACCGUGAAGAGCUACAUCUACCCGAAAGCUUCAGAAGUUAUCUCCGCAACGAUCACCCCCGAGGCGGAAGCUAUGGCGCACCAAAGGAGACAGCAUUAGAUUACUGGAGUGACAGGCAUCAAUGGUUACCCUGCGAGGUGGCGUUUCGUGGUUCAGACGAAGUGGAAAUUACGAGUUAUGUCAAUAACCUCCAUCCGGUACAUAACAAGGAGUUGUAUGGGAUCCUCGAGAAGAUCAUUGCUCGAACAAUCCUUCUUUGGAACGACAACCUCUCCUCGAUCGGGACAGGCCUUCCUUUGAGGAUUGAAAUGAAAUCCACGAAUUACGAAGGGCACACUCCUGGAUAUCCUAUGUCAAAGGAGCAGAGAAAGCACAGGAUCCUCGUUCGACCUGAACCGCACGACUAUCAUCCCAUCAACCCUGAACACCUCACUCGCGUCGAUCUCCGUCGAGAUUGGGGGAAAGAGGGAAUCCAGGUCAUCAUUAAACUUGCCAAUAUCGAGUUACGUCCUGAAGACGGUAAGACGGAGUAUGAAGGCGGGACAUGGCACGUCGAAGGUCAACUCAACGAACACAUCUGCGCCAGUGCGAUCUAUUACUACUCCCAGGACAAUGUCACCGAUUCCCGUUUAGCAUUUCGACAGCUCACAGAUGGGAAUGAGUUGGGGUACAAAGCUUAUGGUCAGUGGGAUUAUGAGGGCGUUGAGGAGCUUUACGGCGUAAAGCAGGGCGGCCCUUGUGUACAGGAAAUGGGGGACGUGCUUACCAGAGAAGGUCGAAUUCUUGCGUUCCCCAAUGUUCUCCAACAUAGAGUACGACCUUUCAAACUCAUCGACCCCACGAAACCGGGACAUAGGAAAAUCCUCGCAAUGUUUUUGGUUGAUCCCUAUAUACGUGUUUUGUCGACUGCGAAUGUACCACCUCAACAGCGGGAUUGGUGGGCCGAAGCAAUUUCCCAGGAUUUUACGAGGUUGGGUAAGUUGCCUGCGGAGUUGAUGGAAACAGUGAUGGAUAGAGUGGAUAAUCGUGAAUGGCCUAUCUCAAUUGAGGAGGCUAAGGAAGUGAGGAAGGACUUGAUGCAAGAGAGGUCAGCAUUUGUAGAUAAGGUGAAUGUUGACUACGAGCAGGAGGGCUUUUCAUUCUGCGAGCAUUAA